UUGGCAUGGCCGUUGUUCAAGAAUGACAUGCACAGCUGAUCCAAUUUGUAUUUGCCAAAACAAAAAAAUGAGGAUGAUCAUUGAUGAUUAGACUCCACCUGAAACAUUUAAGCUCCAAUAACCAAUUCGGACGACGCCAGCACUACAAGCCCAGUAGAAUGGUAUGGGCUGAGAGGUUACAGGCCGUGGACUCUCUUUAUCUGUAGUCGGAGAAGUCCCUAAUUACGGUUCGUCGGUUCAUUCUCUGAGAACCCUAAUUUGAUCUCUUUCGCAUCGAUCAACGUCCGACGACCGGAGUUUGAAGAAGAAGAAGAAGAAGAAAGGAGAAAAAAAUCCUAAUCUCUCUCCAAGAUUCGUCAAACCGUCGGAGAUGGACGAAACCCCAACUUCUAGUGCGAUCAAGAAGCGGCUUAGCAUGCAAAAUGAGGUUCUAAAAUGGCUGUCAGAGUUUUCAGAAAAGCUGCAAAAGAGAGCAGAUAAUGCUUCAAUGGAAAUAAAUGGACUGUUGGACGAGGCUGGAAUUGUGGAACUAGAUCUGAAGAACACUUAUAAUUCUUUCCGCAACCUUUCAUAUCAUCAGUUUGUUGAUCAUAAGAUAUCUGAUGAAGAUGAUGUGGAUUCCCAUAUGAAGGAUAGUGCUGAAAGUUCAGUUCAAGCAGACAUACCUGCCCAGGAUUAUGAAACAGAUAUAUUGCCCAGAUAUAAGGAAGCUUUAUCAUUGGGUCUGACUUCUUGUAGAAAUCACUUACAGAGUACAAAGAAAAGACAUUCAACCACUUCUGUUUUCAGGACUGGGUUAGCAAAUGGUCCACUACCGCAUAUUAUUGGAUCUGAAGAAUAUAUGCAUGAUAAUAGCUGUGGCUUGACAGAGGACUUUGCGUUGGAGACUUCGCAACUUGAUUUCAGCUGGAUAGUGGACUCAAAAGGAAUAUCUUCAGAAGCAGAAGAGCAUGGUCCAUCUGAUUUGUUUGAUUCUCCCAUGUUUGGCAUGCAACAAGGUUUGCCUGAGAAGGAUGGGACUGAGCCUUUAGUAUCUGCCGCAUUGGAUUUCAAAGCCAUGCUUGAAGCAGCGCUUCUAAAUCCUUACAAAUUUUAUGAUGAGGAAAGCUUGUCAGUAAACAAUGCUGUAAGUAAUGAUAGGGGGACUCGACAAACACAUAUGGAUGUGGUGAUUACAUCAGGAGCACCAGAAGCUGUUUCACUCAGUAAUCCUCGACACCUUGGUGUUAUUGAGGAGAAAGCCAUUCCUGUCACUGAAGGAAAUAUGACUUCCCUUCAAGACCCGGAUAUUCAUGCCAGUGAACUUUAUUCUGCACUAGUUUCUGGGAGUCUAUUUGAUGCUGAAGGUGAAGAGGAUUCCCUCUCUUUUUGUCAAAAGGAGCCUGUUGAUAUUUCUGCCUCAGCUUCAGAUUCCAUUUCUGCACAUGCAAGCACAAUAGAUGCGAAUGAGAUUGUAGAUGGCACCCAAUCCUUAACUAUUGAUGAGAAUCUGGGUUCUUCUGAUCAGAGUAUGACAGUGCAUGUUAGUGCUGACACUUCCAUUAGCAUAAGUGAGGAAAGUGGACAGAAAGCUCCUCUGGGAGAUGUCAAUGCCUUAGAGAAGGAUGCAUCUUUAAUGGGUAAGACCUUAUCUUCACACAGACUAAAAGAAGAUGCUUCGUUGUCAUUUGUUACGAGCAGUGAUGACAUUCGGUCUCAUAACUUGGUACCUGAAAGUUCAGAAGUUAAACCAUCUGCUCGUGAUCCAGAGAUAUUACAAGAUGUUGAGGAGCUAACAUUUCAAUCUUCUGAUGCCCACAUAUGCGAUAACAAAUCUUAGUUUUGAGGGAUCUUUAUCUGAGCACUCUGAGGAGUAAUCUGGUUUAUCUGAUUGUGAUGAUGAGGGCAAAUAAGGACCAUUUGUCAUGUUUGGUAUCUAGUUACACCGUUUCAUUGGUUAUUGUUUGGACAGGAGGUGGUAAUUGUGGGCGUUCAGUUUAAGCAUGAUCACGUUGCUAACUGGCUGGUCAAAAGGCUUCUGGAAUCAAUAGUCAAGAUAGAUAGUAGGGUUAUAUAUUGUCUGAUUGUCACAUUAUUUUUACUUCGACAGGAUUGUAAAUUUUUUGAAAGAUGCAAGGAGGUGAGCCUCCCUGUUUUUACAGUGAAUGAACGAUUAAAUGGAAUGGAGAACUGUUGAAGUAAUGAUAGUUGAUCAUCAACUUGUCACUGUAAUAUUCCUAGUCUUUGUAUUUUGUUUCCUCUAUGCAUAUAAAUUUAUUUAUCAA